UUGUCUUCCUGCUUCCCUCACACGCCCCUUUGAUCGUUGUACUUGUCCAUAACAACACAUCGAAAAUGGCCUCUUCCAAGCUCCCAGCUGUCCUCAACGCCACAGAGGAGGACCUUAACCUCCUCCUCGCGGCCCAGACCCACAUCGGCACCAAGAAUGUCGAGAAGGCUAUGCUGCCGUACGUCUUCAAGAGGCGUGCUGAUGGCAUUCACCUUCUCAACCUAGGCAAGACUUGGGAGAAGAUCGUCUUCGCUGCCCGCAUUCUCGCGGCCAUUGAGAACCCUGCGGAUAUUUGUGUGAUCAGUGGCAGGCAGUACGGACACCGUGCCGUUCUCAAGUUCGCCUCCAACACUGGCGCAACUGCCAUUGCCGGCCGCUUCACUCCUGGUACCUUCACGAACUACAUUGUCCGUUCGUUCAAGGAACCCCGUGUCAUCAUCGUCACGGACCCGCGCAUUGACCACCAGGCCAUCCGCGAGGCUUCUUACGUGAACAUCCCUGUCAUCGCUCUUUGCGAUGCUGACGCUCCGCUCAGGCACGUUGAUGUUGCCAUCCCUGGUAACAACAAGGCUAAGCACUCCAUCGGUCUCCUCUGGUGGUUGCUCUGCCGUGAGGUCCUUCGCCUCAAGGGCCAGCUCCGCCGUGACGAGCCUUGGAGCAUCAUGACCGACAUGUUCUUCUACCGUGAUCCACAAGAGAUUGAGCAGGAGCAGGCUGAGGCUGCUGCUGCUAAGGCUGCUGCUGCCGGUGCUGAGGCAGACGUUGCCAACCUCGACUACAAUGUGGAUGCAACUGGCGGUGCUGCUGGCACUCUCAACCCCGUCCUCGCGGCCAACAUUCCCACUGGCGACGCCAACGUCGACUGGAACGCGGACACGGCCAACCAGGACUGGGCUGCAGAUGGCGGUCCCAGCUGGGAGGCUAGCGCUCCGGUUGAGGUCGCUGCUCAGCAGCCCUCGACGACUUGGGAUUAAGCUGUUCGAUGCCAACUAUUAAGGCCAGCCUCUGGCAUGGACGUGAGGUAGAGCUGCUCUCGCUUGGAAGCUCGACAAAAGAAAAUGAAAAAUGGGGGCGUUGUCUGGCCUCAACCGUUCGGCUCUUCCUUCGCUUUGGACGGCUUGGGAAGUUGAAUGCUGUCUUUGCUGUCGCCUUGGGCGUCAGUGCCGACACAUGCGGUUGAAGAGCUCAUAUCCGAAGUUCUUUCUUGCAAUCUAAAAUGGCUCGCAAGCUUCGUUUGCUUGCCGGUGU